AUGGCGACGAACAAAGACGAGGUGACGUUAUUACCGAACUUCGAUGUCAAUGGAAAUGGUGGUGUUGUUUGGACAUCGCUGGAAAAGAAUGGUCGUCUGCCAUGUGAAUGGGAGGGUGGUGCCGUUUCUUUGGCAUUCUCUUUGAGCCGGGAAACCCGUUUCCGGACGAUUGAAAUGGCCGUAGCAUGGCAUAACCCACGUGUGAAGUUUCCUUUUGCCUCUGCCGAUGCGAAUUGCACGCGUCGACACGUCCGAUGGUUCUCUUCUGCGAAGGAAAUAAUUACCUAUUCACUCGCUAAUUAUGCGCAGUGGGAGUCCGAAAUUGAUGCUUGGCAGAAUCCCAUUCUGAAGGAUCCAAAAUUACCUACUUGGUUCAAGUCGGCUUUAUUUAAUGAACUGUAUUAUGUGGCUGAUGGUGGCGCAGUGUGGGUUGACUGCGAUCGGGAGAUGACAUCGAAAUUAGAAGAUGGCGAUCCACGGAAAGAGUUUGGUCGAUUCGUUUACCUGGAGAGCCACGAGUACAUCAUGUACAACACCGUCGAUGUGCACUUCUACGCAUCCGCUUCAUUUGGCCAGCUCUGGCCCGGCUUGGAGCUCUCCAUGAUGGUGGAUGUGGCGGAAGCUGUGCCUGUUCAAGACAAGUCAGUUGUUUGGUACCACUCCAGUGGUGGUCGACUUCAACGCAAGUACGUCAACUCCGUCCCGCACGAUUUGGGUUGUCCCGGCGAAAGUCCAUGGGAGAAGACGAACGCGUACCUGAGUCACAACACGGCGGAGUGGAAGGACCUGAACCUUAAAUUUGUACUGGAAUCGUACCGGGCCUACUCGACAUGUUUCCCGAGUCUCGAGCAAGGCCCGAAUCAGGCCUGGUUCCUGGCCAAAGUCUGGCCCAUGUGUCUGUCUGUGAUGCGGAAAGCCGAGGACCACUGGGACAAGGACAAAGACGGCAUGAUUGAGAAUGACCCGCAUCAUCCGGACCAGACCUAUGACAUGUGGGUCAUGGAUGGUCCGAGUGCGUAUUGCGGCAUUUUGUGGGUUUGCAGUCUGUUUUCCAUGUGGAAGAUGGCAGGUGUGAUUGGGGAUGAAGAAGAAUCGAGCAAGUAUGCUGCCCUGAUGAGCAAGGCCGUGGGAGCGUUGGAUGCGCAGUUGUGGAAUGGGUCAUACUACGACUUUGACUCUUCGAGUGGUGAUCGGAGACGCACAAUUAUUGCUGACCAGCUGUCGGGACUGUGGUCUUUGCUCAUUGGUCUCGAGUCAUGGGAUCGCGCUUCGGUUGCGAUCGAAGCACCGCUGAGUCCGGCGCUGAACCGGAGCAGAAUCGCGAGCAUUCUGAAGACAGUUUUUGAAAACAAUGUGGAAAAAUGGAUGGGUGGGGAAAUGGGUGCCGUUAAUGGGUUCUCGCCAGUCUCGGGCCGGCCGGACAUCACAGCAGCUCAGGCUGAAGAAACGUGGACUGGCGUGAAUUAUGCUUUGGCGUCGAUUAUGCUCCUUUAUGGAAUGGAUCGGGAAGCUUUUCAAACAGCCAAGGGUAUUUAUACGACGGUGUACGACAAGAGUGGACUGGGUUUCCAGACGCCAGAAGCGCUGACAGCUGACAAGUACUACAGGGCUCCGGGCUACAUGCGUCCCCUGAGCAUAUGGUCCAUGCACACUGCCUAUUGUUUGAGGAGCCAGGCGAAGGAAGAAGCUAAGGACUGAUUAUUUUCAUCAACUGCGAUAAGACUUUUUUCUUCUAUCGAUAUUCAAAACUUUUUUUUUUUCAACUGAGCUUUUCGAUUGGUGGUAUUUUAUUUGAAUGGUCGAUUUGAGAGCACUUUCCCUAGUAUUAGGUGAGUGUUCGUAACAGAUGCGUAUCCUUUUCACUCAAGAAUACGCUUCUUUAUCCUUUCGGGUGCUCAAAAAAAAAAUCGGUUGCUGUCUUUGCUCGCUUCUUACUUGUAUAAUCUAAUCCAAAUGGUUCGCAUAUCCUCUUUUGAAGAGUCGAGGAUGUAAUAAUAUUCAUUUCUAAGUAAAUUUGUACAUCCAGGUUUUCUUUUGAAAGAAUGCAUGCCCACAAUUUGGAUGCAUGUUUUAAAGUAAAACUGUGGUGAAAUCAUCCGUGGAAAAGAUUUGACUGCAUAAUUUGUUUGAAAAAAUUACGCAUUUCUGGUAGUAAAUACAGCAUUUCUUCUAUGAUUCAAUUCAAAAAUUAAUUUUUGAAAUACUCCGAUUUUCAAUUCACGAAGCUAGAAAAGAUGUGUAGGCACUGAGGUUGUGAUUUUGUUAAAUUUCGUCCAAUUGUCCUUGUGUUGUUUGAGCAAUUUGUAUCACAUUUUGUGAUUUCUCGCGUUUUUACCUAAAGGGACGUGGGAAGAUUAGGAAGAAAGAAAGACAUUCCUCAAGGAGCUUGUUUAUUUUGUUUAAAAUAUCUAAAGGAACAAAAAAGAAACGAAAUUGUUCUUGUGCAGCGAGUACUCGAACCGCCUUUCACCUGUGAUUAAAAUUGUUUUGGGCAAUUAUUUUUUACACGAGCCUCAUCUUGAGGUUGUUCGAAGUGUUUUUUGCUUUCUAUUUCGCGUUUUGAAUCUUUCUCAAGCCUCAUUUUUCUGGGAAAUCGUUGGGAAAGAUAAAGUUUGAUUAUUGGAAUCAUG